GGGAAGUCCCGCUCCACAAUGAGCCUGGCCUGGGGGAGUGCUGGGGUUUUACAGCCCAGCCUAUUUGCAUAGGGUGAGUUGAGACCGUCCCUGAUUUUUUUUCUCUCUCUGGGAUCUUCCUCCUUCCACUUCUAUGAACAGCGGCAAACCCCGAGCAGCCGAGGUGCUCUUUGACUGGCUUUCCGAUGCAAGCAAGAGCGGCUGUCCAGAACGGACCCCAGGAGGUGGAUGAGGACUUGCAUUACUGGACCCGACCCACAUGCUCGGCGAGGAACCAUGCGGGUGAGACAGUGCAGCAGUGCAGCAGUGCAGGAGAAGCUGAAGACUGGCUCUGCCACUGCGAGCCUGCUCAAACUCUCCGUUCCUGCCCAGCGCCGGAGGAGAACGCAGCAGUGCCUCGGGAGAAGGUGAGACCAGCAGUUCCAAGGGCGGGAGCCGGCAGCCAUCAACGUCACUCUGAACCCACCUUGGUUAGUCAUGGUCAACAGCAUGACCUCUUCUCCGUGGAGGCUCAGACUGACUCGAGGGAAGCCCGGGAAUCUGAAUUCGAGGAUUUCGGGGUGACAAAUGACCCGGAGCAGUUUUCUGGAUAUGGCACAUCCCAGAGCUCCUCUGAUGUCAGUGUGCUUGUGGCAGCAAAAGACAAACAGACCUCUUCCAGGAGGGAGGGUCUUCACAGCAGACCCGAGAACAGGGACCAGGCCAAAGCAGGCUCAACCCCGUCCUUGAGCUGCAGGAACCCCUCAGUGAACUGUGCCUAUUCGUGUGAUAUGGGGAAGGACUUACUCGGCUCAAAUCAGAGUUUAAACAAGAGCACACUGACUAACCUGCCUGAUGGUCAGCACCAGUCAGAACUACCCAGUCAAGACACAGGAUACGAGUCCCAAGAUGACUUUGCAAUUGGUUUACUAGAUCCACCUGGACCACUGCGAUCUGGAUUGAAUGACCUGGAGCCCCCUGGUCCUUUGCGGUCCUGGGCAGUUCCCAUAGGAGAUCUCCAGAUCCGUCCAAUGUUUCCUUAUCCUAAUGGACCAGCCUAUUUCCAUCCGUACCCUCCUGGUGUGCCUCAACCCCAAUAUCGACGCUUGCAGGUUCCAGGUGACAAGAGCUGCAAGUCUCCGGUCUGCAGGUGCCAACAGUGCUCUGGCGGCAUAAAUCAGUGUGGUCCACUCCCUCUGCACCCUGGUCUAAGCCGUAACCAAGACGGUGCUGUGAAAGAGAUGUCGCCUUUUCAACCACGUGGAUAUGGAGUGUUUAACAGCCCACCUCGGUAUACCCUGAGGCACCCUUGGAGCGGAGGAACUCAAAGAGACUUCACCCAGGGUCAACCUCACCCACAAGAACUUCAAGAAAACCUAUCUCCUGUAAAUGGCAGAAGAAUUAAUGGGAAGAUACCUGGAACUUUUGAUGAUGAACGGCAUGUUGCACAGAAUGAAGUAACUCGUAGUCCUCCACCAGCUUAUAAUGUACAAGACAUUCCCAGCAGUGGCAGCCUGAGAGCUAUUAACCUGCCACCUUCCUUACGAAAGGUAUUUGUAACAUAUUCUGUGGACACAGCCAACGAAAUCUGUUUCUUUGUGAACUUCCUGCGUGCCAAUGGCUUUGAAACAGCAAUCGACAUUUUUGAGGACUCGGUUCGAGGAAUAGACAUUAUCAAAUGGAUGGAAGGAUACCUGACUAAUAGAGAAGUGAUGAUUGUAAUAGCGAUUAGUCCAAAAUACAAGCAGGACGUUGAGGGAAGUGGAUUGGAGCAGCUGAACGAUGAGCACAGUUUGCACACAAAAUACAUCCACAGAAUGAUGCAGAUUGAAUUUAUACAACAAGCAAGCAUGAAUUUUAGGUUUCUUCCAAUACUUUUUCCGAAUGCUACCAAGGCACACGUGCCCAGCUGGCUGCAGAAUACACACAUCUACAAUUGGCCAAGAGAUCAGAAGCGAAUCCUCCUCCGACUGCUGAGGGUAGAAGAGUACGUUGCUCCACCAAUUGGACAGUUGCCCACGAUUCAAACAGUCCCUCUUUGAUUACUUUAUUUAAUUGAUCUAUUUUGUUUUGAAUUAACCAUCUGCAUACAUUCUUGACUCAAUAGAGGCCACCUUGUUAAAGUGGACUGCGUAGAGGUUACUGUAAUUGCCAAGCUGGGUCAGUGUUUGAUCAAUACGUUUCUCUUUGGUGAGUUAUCGUGCAGUGGGUUGGCUGCUGCACCCACUCGGUCAAGGUCAACCCUGGGAUUGUCUGUGACCUCUGUAAGUCUGAAAAAAUGCUUCAAACAUCAUCAAUUUGCAUGUCAUUGGCAAACUUACAAAUCAGACCUAAUGCAUGUGACAUGCUGGUUGUCCAUCAGGCAGGGAGCAUCUCACACAUAACAUACUUUCUUAAAAAGCCCUCCACCUGGUGAGCAGUGGAAGAUUACAAGACGGGUAACAAAAUGUCCCCUCCUGGCUGGCCUUAUUACUCUAGAUGUUAGAGUCAUCACAGAAUGAGGAACUCCUACCCGGGCUUUUUUGCUUCCUGUUAUCUAUUUUCAGAGUGACCACAAGCGCUGGGGAAACCUCAUUGCCAGAGGCACUGGAGAAAGCAGAACAAUAAGAACAUUGACAGGCAGACGCUUACUAAAAGAAUAACUAUGUUUUUAGACAUGUCCUUUCUCCCUCAGGUUCUCAGCUCUGGUGUUUGCCACAGCCACUCUGGCCAUUAGCAAGCACCACAUUCGAGGCAUUCACUUCAUAAAGACUUUGCUCUUAAUUUCCCCUGUUGAACUUAUGAAAAAGGGAAAGUAAGGUACACAUUUUAUACUGUUUCUUAAAAGAACGGGAUGCCUCUGAAUACUUCUCUGCCGGUGAGUUAUUUCUGCAGAUGUUGCAAGAACUUAAUGCAGAUAAUCUGUGCACAGCAAGUUCAGUUGUGAAAGACAUGAUAAUGGCUAAGACACGCGAUAAGGUGGUUAAGUCACAUGCCUUUCCUAGAAGUAGUACUACUGGAUACUUUACAUUCACCGAGUCAAACAUACCUCUCAGCCCGCAAUGCUAUGCCAAACCAAUUAAAUAAUUAAAUGAGUAAUCAAAUGGUUAACUAAACUAUUCUCUUUUGCCUACAUAAAUGUCCAUAUCCUUCCAUAUUCCUCACAUUCAUGUGUCUAUCUAAACAUCUCUUAAAAUCAGUGCAAGGCCAACAAAAAGAGGAGAGGUGAAAGUGGAGCAUCCACUAUGUGAGUGGGCCAGUGUUAGAGUGGUUAGACAUUACAGGCUUGGGCAAGCACAAACAUAGGUUCUAAGUAAGUUUCUAGUAAGUAUUUUUUUUUCUCUGUUAGUACGCUGAGAAUGGGUGCAGAGGUAGUGGUAUGUUCUUUAUGCGAGAUGUGGGAAAACUAAUAAAAAGGGAAGUGGAGCUGCAGCUAGAUGACGUUUGGCUCAUACGGGAGAAUGAAGAGGUGAUAGAUAGGAGCUAAAGGGAAGUAGUCGCUUCUGAGUUGCAGGAGGCAGGUAGCUGGGUGACUGCCAGGAGAGGGAAAGGGAAUGCCAAUGCGAAGUACCCAUAUGGCCUUAAUAAUGUUUAGUACUUUGGAUACUGUGGUGUGUGGGGGGGGGGGGGGAAUGACCUACUAGGGAGAAGCAGCAGUGACUGAGUCUGGCUUUCUGGCUCAGAAGGGUAGGGGGAAGAAGAGGAGUGCAGUAGUGAGAGGGGAUUCUGUAUAUAAAGGAGCAGAAAGCAGAUGCCAGGGCCAGGGAUGUUUUGGAUCAGGGCCACGGCAUUCUAAAGGGGGAGAAUGAACAGCUAGAAGUUGUGGUACAUAUUGGUACCAAUGACAUAGAAAAAGAGAGGAGUUCCCGAAGAGAGAAUAUAGGGAGUUAGGUAGAAAGUCAGGGUAGUAAUCUCUGGAUUGCUGCCUAUUGCCACGUGAUAGUGAGGAUAAGAAUAGGAUGAUUUGGCAAUGAAUGUAAGGCUGAAGAACUGGUGUAUGGGGCAGGGUUUCUGAUUUCUGGAUCAUUCUGGGAAAGUUAUGACCCGUACAAAAAAGAUUGGUUACACCUGAACUCAAGGUGGACCGAUAACCUUGUGAGCGGGUUUGCUAGAUCUGUUGAAGAGAGUUUAAACUAAUUUGGUAGGGGGAUGGGAACCGGGGUAAUAGGCCUGAGGGACAGAUGGUAUACAACUAAACACAGUGUGGAGUGAGAAAGGACAGGCAGUUAAUAGGGCAAAAUUGCAGUAAGUGGGAUGGAUUAAAGUGUAACAGAGAGUCAAAUUCAAAAGGGGUGAUGAAUAUAGGACUGAAGGAGUUAUAUUUGAAUGCACACAGUAUAUGGAGUAAGGUAGAUGAUCUUGUGGCGUAAUUAGAGAUUGGUAGCUAUGAUUUUUGGGCUGAAAGAAUAUCAUAGCUGAGAGCUCAGCAUUCAAGGAUACACAUUGUAUCAAAAGGACAGGCAGGUAGGCAGAGGGGGUGGGUGACUCUGUUGGUAAGAAAUUCUUAAGAAAAGGUAACAUUAGAUCAGAAGAUGUAGAAUCCUUGUGGGUAGAGUUAAGAAACUGCAAGGGUAAAUAGACCCCGAUGAGAGUUGUAUACAGGCCACUGAACAGUAGCCAGGAUGUGGGCUACUAAUUACAAUGGGAGAUAACAAAGGCAUGUAAAAAGGGCAAUGUUCAAUAAUUGUGGAGGAUUUCAAUAUGUAGGUAGAUUGGGAAAAUCAGUUUGGUGUUGGAUCCCAAGAGAGGGUAUUUAUAGAAUGCCUACGAAAUGGCUUUUUAGAGUAGCUUGUGGUUGAGCUCACUAGCGGAACAGCAAUUCUGGACUGGGUGUUAUGUAAUGACCCAGAUUUUUGAUUAGUGAACUUAAGGUAAAGGAACCCUGAGGAGUCAGUGAUUUUAUACAUGAUAAAAUUCACCCUUUCAUUUGUAAAGGAGAAACUAAAAUGGGAUAUAUAAUAUUACAGUGGAGUAAAGGGAAUCACAGAGCACGAGAGAGGAGUUGGCCAAAGUUGACUGGAAGGGGCUGUAGCAGGGAUGACAGCAGAACAGCAGUGGCUGAUGUUUCUGGGGGAAACUCAGAAGGUAUACAUCCCAAAGCUGAAGAAUUACUCUACAGGGAGGGUGAGGCAACCGUGGAUGACAAGGGAAGUCAAAGACAACAUAAAAGCAAAAGAGUGGGCAUAUAAUAGAGCAAAAAAUAGUGGGAAGGUGGAGGAUUUUGAAGCUUUUAAAAACCAACAGAUGGCAACUAAAAAAAGCCAUAAAGAAAGGAAAGAUGAAAUAUGAAGGUAGGCUAGCUAAAAGAGAUUACAAAAGAUUUUUCACAUAUACGAAGAUUAAAAGCAAGAUGGGAGUGGAUAUCAGACCACUGAAAAAUGACCCUGGGGAGGUAGUAAUGGUGGGACAAAGAAAUGGCAGAUGAACUUAAUAAGUAUUUUCACUGUGGAAGACAUGAGCAGAGUGCCAGAAAUGUGAAAGUGUCAGGGGCAGAAUUGAGUGUCGUCGUUAUUACUAGGGAGAAGGUGCUUGGGAAGCUGAAAAGUCUGAAGGUAGAUUAGUUACCUGGACUAAAUGGACUACAUCCCAGAGUUCCGAAACAGGUAGCUGAAGAGAUUGCAGAGGCAUUAGUAAUAACCUUUCAAGAAUCAUGACGUUCUGGAGUAGUUCCUGAGGUCUGGAAAAUUGCAAUUGUCUCUAAUGUUUCUGCCUUACCAGCACCUCAGGCAGUGUUUUCCAGGCACCCACCACUCUGUGUAAAAAUAAACAAACAAACUUGCCCUUCACAUCUUUGAAAUUAUCCCCUCUCACCUUAAAUGCAUGCCCUCUGUAAUUAGACAUUCCAAUUCUUGGAGAAAGGUAUUGUCUGUCUACUCUAUCUUUGCCUCUCAUAAUCAUAUAAGCCUCUAUCAGAUCUCUCCUCAGCCUCUGCUGCUCCAGAGAAAACAACCCAAGUUUGUCCAACCUUAUGUUAUAGCACACACCCUCUACUCUAGGCAGCGUCCUGACAAACCUCUUCUGCACCUUCUCCAAAGCCUCCAGAUCCUUCCUAUAAUGGGGUGACCAGAACUGUAUACAAUAUUCCAGAUGCGGCCUAACCGGAAUUUUGUAAAGCUGCAACAUAACUGCAACAUUGCUUGUGUUUUGUGUUAAUUUUUUUAUGAUGCAUUCACUGAGACCACACAUUCAUUCUGCAGGUCGAUAUCUCCUAAUCUCUUAAUUUAAUAAGCUUAUUUUCUGUUCUCCCUAGCAAAACCAAAAUAUCACAUUGCCUCCUGUUAUCCAUCACCAUUCUCUGAGAUAGAGACUGAUAGCAUGGUUCAUUAAUAGUUACGUGAUGGGUGCCAGUGUCAUUGCUGGUAGAGCUGCUACCUCAGACCUCCAGAGUCCCAGAGGCUGUGUGGAGUUUUCACUUUCUCCCAUGCCCUGCUGUUGCCUCUUUACAUCUACCUCACAGUAUACCAGCAUACUUUCAUCAGGACUUCAUCAGAACAUUUCAGGCCGAGUCCUGAUGAAGGGUCUCGUCCCGAAACAUUGCCUGUAGAUCUGUAGAUGCUGCCUGGCCUGCCGAGUUCCUCUUGCGUUUUGUGUUUGUUGCUCUGGAUUCCCGGCAUCUAUAGAAUCUUUUUUUGUUUAUACUUUCCAAUGUAGCCUUGUGUUGUCAGCAGACCUGCAUUCUGUCAGUCCUUCUCAUCAGCUGAUCUGAAUUGUGGUUAUUUCCUGCAAUCAACUCUGGAAAAGAUGAGGAGCAAUGAAAGCAAAGUUUCAGUUGAGUACAAGAGCUGAGCAGUUAAGUGAGUGGACUAGCAGCUGGGGUUCUGGACCAUUGAUCCAGAGAUAUGAGAUUGAAUACCACCUUGGUUGCUGGAUAUUUAAAAAGACUGGAAUAUAUAAAAGCAAAGCUCGUGGUAGUUGCAACCUUGAAAAUAACAGAUACUGAUUUUUUAAAAGAUCAAUCAGGUUAACUGAUGUCCUUCAGGGAAGAAAAUCUGUUGUACGUGCAAGGUCUAGCCCGCAUGUGACUCCAGACCUACUAAUGCAAUCAACUCUUAACUGCCUCCACAGUUUAGGUAUAAUUAAAGAUAAAGUACAACAUAUCUAUUGCCAGUGACAUCCACUGCCUGUGAGCAGAGAAGUUUUUAAGGGGAGUUAUCAAAAAGUGGCAUGAAAUGAGCAAACUUCAUCUCAAAGUAUAAUUGGUGCUUUCCUUGUUGGUAGAUGUUUCUUUCACCGAGCAGAAAUCGGAAUGGACAUUGCUUCUUCGAUGCCAGUGAUCCCUCAUUGUGACACAGCAGUAGCAACAUGCAAGUAGAUUAUAGGGCUGCUGCAACUAAAAUGUUUUUCAUUGACAAGAAAUUGGCAAGCUCAGAAAAUUUGUUUAUGACUGUUAUUAAGAUGCAAAUUACUUGCAUGACAUGAUCUUCCCUCUGGUUCCUCUCUUCCUCCAAAUGUAAAGAUAAAAUGUCAAGUUACAUGGCUUUAGGGGAUGCCAGUCUUGCAGAAUAUCAUUGCUUACAGUGUCAUGAAGUUGUUGAGAAGUAUGUUUCCUACAAUUAUAGGUGGAAUUUUAUUUGACAUGUAAUUAUUUAUCAUUAAUUAAUUAAAUCAUAACUUAUGAUGCAGAAGGAGGCCAUUGUGUCCACAUCAGUAAAAACAGAUUUUGGAUUAAUCCCACAUUCUAGCUCCUAAACCCUGAUGGUUACUAAUGAGUAAGGUACUAUUCAAGUGUACUGAUGGUUUCUACCUCCACCACCUUUUCAAGCAGCUUUCCAGACCACGAUCUCUGCUUAGUAAAAACUUCCUCAGAAAUGUUAUCAAGUUACACAAACUGAUGAUCUUCUGUUAGAGAUCUUUCAAAAAAAAAUCCUUCUCAGAAAUUUUAGGACAUUUACAGGAAUUCUGAAAAAGUUGGCUUUUACUGUCUUCCCAUUUCAGUUCUGUUCCACACUGAAGAUUAUUAAAUUGGGUUUAUGUGUAUUUCCUUCAAGAUCAAUGAUCCAUUCAUGUAAGUGAUACACCGGAUUUGUCUUACAUCAGAAGCCCAUAGAGCAAUCCAGAUUGUAUUGAAUUGACCUGUGCAAUGCACUUCAAUUAACGUGCACUUAAACUUGUCAUCUUUUAUUUUCUAACUAAUAUAUUUGAAGGCAGCAGCCUGACCUCCAUACAAGUCCUGAUUCAAUGGUAAAGAGCUCAGGGAAGCAGCAUGAUUCCAAACGAAGGAUACUUCAUCACUGAAAAAUAAAAUCUCUCCGAGCUGAAGAAUUGAUUUUAAUGCAAUAGUGGUCAUGCAAAGCUAAACUCAGAAACUCAACUCAGUGAAGGUGAAAUGAGCUUUGUGUGUGUACGGAGGUUCUGGCCUUGUGCACUGGAUUGGUUGUUGGGUGAAGUGGACAAUUCAAUUACAGUCUGAUUAAUUAUAAAUGCAAAACACUGCAGAUGCUAGAAAUCGGAGAUAAAAAGACAAAGUGCCAGAAAUAUUCACCAUCAAAAUACACCUGUGAAGAGAGAAGUGGAUUACAUUGAAGGCUGAUGAACUUCCAUUGAUUCAGAGUCAACAUCCAUUUCUCCCUCUGUAAACGCUGUCUGACAAGCUGAGUACUUUCAGCAUUUUCUGAAGAUUAUUUAUUGACUGGAAACUUGUUUACAUAUACUGUCUUAGAUAAGAAAUGCAUUGCCUCGAAAUUUUACAUUAACUCCUCCUACUGGAGUUAAGAAUCACUUACCCUUUGGAUUUCCUCCAAAACACUACCGUUUGUUAGAGAGGCUGCAGAAAAGAUUCACAAGGAUGUUACCAGUCCUGGAGGGCUUGAGCUGAUAACUACAUAGUUUGGGACAAUUUCCCUGCAGCUGAGGAGUGACCUUUUCGCAGCUAAUUCACAACAUAUGCUUUUAAUAAACCUGCUGCAAUAAAUAAUAAUAAACCUGAUUCUGAUUAUAAAAUCACGAGGGCUAUAGAUAAGUGAAUACUCUGUCUUUUUCAAAGGGCACGGAAGCCUAAACCUAGAGGCAGAAGUUUAAGGUGAAAGGGAAAAACUUUAAAGGGGACUUGAGGACUGAUUUUCCACACAGAGUGUGGUGGGUGUCGUGCAUUUAAUAUUUCAUUAAUAUUAGAGUAAUAGGGUAUAUAUAUAUAUAUAGUUGAUUAAGCAUUCUUGUUUGUUUAAAUAAUUCAUUAUGGGUUAUAUGUAAAAAUACUUGAAUUGCAUAUGUCAUCACGCUACCAUGUGAUAUGUGUGCGCCUUGCUUAAAGUAAACACAAAGUUAG